AUGCCCCAAGCCGUCGGCGGCGGCGCCGUCCCCGCCGGUGGCCGCGGUGGCGGCGCCGGUGGCCGCGGUGGCCGAGGCGCCGCGCCGGCCCAAGCCGCCCAAGAAGGCCAAGAAGAAGAAGGACCCCAACGAGCCGCAGAAGCCGGUGUCGGCCUACGCGCUCUUCUUCCGCGACACGCAGGCCGCCAUCAAGGGCCAGAACCCCAACGCCACCUUCGGGGAGGUCUCCAAGAUCGUGGCCUCCAUGUGGGACUCGCUGGGCGAGGAGCAGAAGCAGGUGUACAAGCGCAAGACGGAGGCGGCCAAGAAGGAAUACCUGAAAGCUCUGACGGCCUACAAGGCGACCCUGAGCUCCGCGGAGCCGCCGGACCCCGACCCCUCCCCCUCGGCCGCCCCUCCCCCCCCCCUCCUCCUCCUCCUCCCUCCCCCCCCCUGCCCCUCCCCCCCGGCCGUGCCCAAGCUCCUCCUCCCGGCGCCGGGGGGCGUGGCCUCGGCGGGGGGAGGGGCGGGGCCGCUGCCCCUCCCCCCCCCGCCCUCCCCCGCCGCCCCUCCCCCCCCCUCCGCCCCUCCCCCCUCCCCCGCCGCCCCGCGCGCCGCCCCUCCCCCACCCGCCCCGCGCGCGCGGCUCCACCCCCCCCCCCUGCAGCAAAUGGGGGGGGGGGGGGGGGGAGGGGCGGGGGGGGGAGGGGCGGCCGCGCCCCUCCCCCACCACCACCCCCACCCCGCCCACCCCCACCAGGGCCCCUCCCCCAGGCGCCGCCCCCUCCCCCUCCCCCCCUGCAGGCCAUGCGCGGGCCCCCCCCCCUGCAGAUCAAGGUGCUGCCCCUCCCCCCCCUGCACGCCCUGCCCCCCCCCCCCCCGGGCCCCGCCCCCACCCCCGGGCCCCGCCCCCAGCAGCAGCAGCAGCAGGAGGAGGAGGAAGAGGAGGAGGAAGAGGAAGAGGAGGUGGUGGGGGAGGGGCCCGUGGUGGUGCCGCAGGUGCCGUCGCCGGCGCGCCUGGAGCUGGUGGCCGUGGCCGAGUCGCCGCCGGGCGCGGCCGGGCCCGAGUGGCCGCGGGGCCGCUGCGUCCGCGCCGGCUGCGAGAACGCGCCCGUGGCCAGCGGCGACUGGGACGAGGAGUUCUGCAGCAGCGAGUGCCUGGUGCGGCACUGCCGGGACGUGUUCCUGGCCUGGCUGGCCGCCCGCAGCGCCGGCAGCAGCAGCGUGGUCUUCGUCAAGUGAGGCCCCCCCGCAUUUUGGGGCCGUUUUGGGGCAAUUUCGGGGCUUUUUGGGUCGGCUCGGGGGCAUUAAAAGGAUCUCUCUGCA